UCGAAAGCAACGUCAAUCUGGAUGUGACAAAUUAAUAGGUGUGGUCAGGAGCCCGUGUGGUGUGGAAAGGGGCGUGGAAAUCUGAUUACUGUUGUAACUUUGUCAUACAUAGUAAUCAGUGUACAGGAUCUAGGAUGAAGGGGUUCUUAAACUAACCUUCUUCCGCCCUGCAGGUUUCAGCAUUUGCGAAAGAUUUUCGAGACCUUUCAUUUCCGCGGGCAAGUGGUGUUAUAUAUAUGUUGAGUUUUAUCAGAGCGUCACACGCAAUCUGUGGCCUGUCCUUUUACUCUCGCCCGCCCGUCUUUUCGAGGCUUCGAGUUGUCCCCACUGACCGCGCGAGGUGUCCGAGAUCCUCGAACAGGUCACGCAAAAGUCACGCCAAUUUGAAAAUAAACUCAAAAUAGAAGUUAGCGUGAAUGGACUUGGCGAUUUAGGCGAUAAUUAAGGAAUCAUGACCUUUUACAAUGACUUGACGCCGAUUAGAACUGUCCUAUGACGAACUGCUGAUGUUUCAUCGAUGACCGGAAAAGGGUUGAUAUCCCUCAAAUGACGUCAUCGUUAUGCUAUCCCAGGGUCCUCUUGUGCUGAUCACGUGAUCAUUUGGCGCGUAAAUUCACACGAAGAAGAGGCUUGCUUUGAGACCAUGUUUGUUUUCUUUGAUUUGUCGAACAGCUGUGAAGGAUGAAAUUGAAUGAAAUCUGAAAAGCUUAUGUUUUGAGCAAGUGCUUCAACAUUAAAGAUGCCUCUAGUGGACAAUUCCGAGGCAGGAGAUCGUUCUUCCUUUCGUUUGCGACGCAUUGGAACACCGGCUACCUUCCCUGGCAUCUCAGACACAUUCAAAAUCAACAAAGAUGUAACCAUAGUUGGUAGAAAUCCGUCAUCUUCAGAUAUAUUCUUGGAUUCUAACAAGAAUAAAGUUAUGAUAUCUAGACUUCAUGCACGAAUCGUCACAGAGAAAGAUAGCAAAGGAAACUAUACUUUCAAAAUCUCAGACACAAGCCUCAACGGCACUUACGUAAAUGACAUUAAGAUUGCUGAUUCCUGUAAUCUUCAGCCAGGAGAUACUGUUACAUUUGGACAUCUUAAAGGGGCUGUGUUAGCCCCUGGUGUACUUGCUCAGCAACCAGAUUCCGAGUUUCGUUUUAAAUUUGAGACGUACCCUUCUACACCUCCAAACAAGAAACAGAGAACUUCAGAGGACAUCACUUCCUCUCCAGAAUUUCAAAGAAAGACACCAAGCCCACAAGUACCAAAGCCCGCUCUAACAACUGCUCCAAAGACCCCAUUGGUUCAAACAGCUCUUGUGCCAGAUCUCUCGGCCUUUUUAUCUCCACGAACACCCAGUCAUUCAGCGGCAUCACCAUCCACAGUGAAAUACAGAUUGCCUGAUUCUAUACAUGGAAAGCAAACAUGGCGGCAACAUUUUGUCAGUGAGAGCUCUGAUUCUGAAAACAGUGAUGAUGAUCUUAAGGCAUAUGCAGCUGCAGCAGGUGGAGCAAUGGAGGAUAGUGACGAAGACAUGUUCUCUGUUCAGCUCCCUGACUCUCCUGCGUCAUACGAUGAACCUGGUACAUCCUCUGCUGGUGCGAAUCAUUUUGCACCACUAACUGACAAGACAUCUUACCAAACUUACACACGUCAUAAUGAAGAGGAUACACAAAGAUCUACAGUUAAAGAAGAGCACAAGGACACUAGGAAAGCCAGCAAAAGACGAAGAAAACAAACCUUAACCUACAAGAAAGCUGCACGGAAAUCUUCCAGAAGCAAUGAUUCUGCUGACCAAGAUAAUUUCAUGUACAAUACUUGUGCUUCUGUGGACUGUCUUCACCCUCACGACCAAGACAAGCUUGUUGAUUGGGUACAGUGUGAUGACUGUGAUGAUUGGUACCACGUCAAGUGUACCGGGCUGACUCUUAAGUCUGUACAGCCAAAAUCAGCGAAGUUUCACUGUGGGUGUGUCUGAAAAUCACAAAUCCAUCUUUGUAAAAUAUGUGUAGAUAGGUUUGUCAAUGGAGAAGCUUUCCCAAAUUGUGCAAUUUGAUGUGCGUACGACAACAGCAUGUGCAACAGAAUAAGGCUUAUGAAGUGAUCAACACUAACUUUGCCUGCUUCACAUAACUGUUUAGCUCUGUAAGAAAGUCUCGUCCAAAGUCUUCAUAUGUUUUGGUUAUUUUGUCAUUGUUGUUGUUGUUGUCUGUCUGUCUAUUUGUUUGUUUCUUCUUUUACUGAAUUUUACUGUCAAUAGAUUUAGUGACAAUUUAAAGCAAUAAUUUUUAACUGACCACCUAACAUGUAGCUUCCAUUACAGACAUCAACACUUGGUGAGUGCUCAAUCACUGAAUGGGAUUAAAUUUAAUGUUUGCAAUAACAUUAUUCCCAGUUGAAGUACAAAAAUAGGCCAAAGCAGUUCAGGCUAUAUUAAUGUUAUAAGUUUCUUGUUUCUUUUAUUGAAGUCAACAGUAACAUAUCAAAGAAAACACAAUGCACAUGAAUCCAUGUACAAUUUUGUUUCUGUUGUUUUUGUUGUUCUGACAAUCAUUUUUGCCCAUCAUUAAAAAUGGUACAGUGUACUUACAGCUGUAACUGUUGCUUUCUUACCAAUUGUCUAAUAUUUUUAUUAAUAGAUUGAGUUUUCUUAUUUUAAUUUGGAAUUUUAUGUAAUAGCAGUUUUUUUUAAAUUUAUUUUUAUGCUAAUAACCUUCAUAGUUUAUAACAUGGAGCAAUAUUAUAUUGUAGUCUGUGGCCUGUGUCCCAGAAGAAAUUUACAAUGACUCUUUGUUGGUACAUCAUAUUUCAAAUUUAUUUUAUUAAAUUAUCAAAACUAUCAAUUUGCAUUAAAUUUAACUAAAAUAUUCCAUGCUUUGCAAACUUUUUGAAAACUACAUUAUGUUAAUGUAAAGGUAGUUGUUCUUCACUCACAAUAUUCCUGUCACCUCCAGUUCAAUUCCAAGCUUAAAAUGUACAUAAAGACUAGUAAUUCUCUUUACUGACAAUCAUAGAUUCAAUUAGAUAGUAGUUCUGAGUUAA